UUGAAAUCAACGUUUGGGCGACUCGCCGUCUCCUUGACUUGUUGUUUGAGUCCUAAAUCAAUGUUGUAUUUUUAACCUCGUCGCUACAGCAUUGACUUCAACAGCAGUCACUAGGAUGGGGGACCAUUUUGAGCUACAGAUUACCCCAGAGACUCCAGGCAGACCUUCCAUAAGAAACCCAUUUGAAAGUCCUAAUGACUACCACCACCUCCGUGAACCUCUGGUGCCCAGUCCGUCUGUCUUCAAGUCUUCUAAAGUUACUCCUGCCAAGUUUAACUGGUCUAUUGAAGAAAUGGCCAGUCUUCUCCCAGCACACAUUGAUCCAGAGGAAAUCCAGCGACAGUCUCUUUACCUCAGCCAGACGAGGACGGAUUCUGACAUUGAGGAAAAGCGACAGAAUGCUAUUGAGCAGUUUUUCACCAAAGGAGCCAUCGUGCCGUCGCCCUGGGCAGCACCAGAUGUCCGUAAAGCUAAAGGUUUCACGCCUGCAGUGUUUGCUGAAGAGCAGAAGAAAACGUCAGUUGCUUGUCAGACAACUCUUUCAUUACCUCUGGCUUUUGAUUUGGAGAAAGUACUUGGUGAACAUUACCGCAACGAGGAAGCGUGUGAUGCAGUGCAGGAGAGCCUCAGCUCCUCCUCCCUCAGACGAAAACUCUUCCUCGACGGUCAGGGCAGUUACAGUGGCUCUGACAGCUCCAGUCCACCGAGCCCAGAGAGAAGCCAUGCCCGGGGAGAGAAAGCUGCAGAGGGAGAACAAGCCAUAUCAUCUAUUUUUUCCUCCCCUUUACCCGGUGGUGUGUCGGCUCCUACUCCCUCCACGGGUCAGUUCUCGUCCAGUCCCAUCCAGCAUGGCUGCUUCCGAGACUGCAGCCUGGGCAGCAUCCCCAGUCCUUUGUUCCCUGACAGGUCGUCUCCCGCAGGCCUGGUCUCCCCCACAAUUUCUCCUAUUGUUGCUUAUACAGCACGCACACCCAUAGGCUCAGCUGAGAGGAAGCAGCCAAACAAUUUGACUCCACACGGUGUUCCUCUGGGUGCUGACGUCACUUCUUGCAAUGAGAGUCCCUAUGUCGAGGGUUGCUCUCCCAUUCGGAACUGCUCUCCGCACCACCUCCAUUGCCACAAUGAACACCAGCACGAUGUCAGAACCAAACCCAGGGCCAGAGUCCGCUGCUGGGCCUCCCCUCCCCUCAUCUCCCCCAUCCUCAACCCUAAGUUCCAAGACCAUCCGGAGUCUGAUGACCAACUCCCAUUUUCCUCUCCUUCGAUCCCCUCAAUGGAGCUAGAUCCACUGUCGCCUCUGGCCCAGGACAUUCAUACAACUGAUGCUGAGAGAAUUGACAUCGAUCCUGCUGAACCUGUGAAAAUGGAGGACGAUGGGGACAACAGGAUAGAAAGGAAGCUGGAGGAAGAGGAUGAGGAGGAAGCUGGGGGACUUUCGGGACAGCUGACCAGCUCUCGUAUGGUCAAUGCAUCUGUAACGGAGAGCUCUCACAUGUUCGUAUCUCUUCUGGCAGAGGGGAGCAGCAUACCCUACGACUCUAGCAUGCAGGUGGACAGUGGCUACAACACUACCUCAGCAGGCACCGCCAGUCUUAUCGAUGGCUUCAGCACAGACUGUCACAGCAAAGAGUCCUUCACUUCAAACCUGGCAGAGGAAGCCUUACCACUCAAUAAGCACACUAAGAUGAAGGUAUUUUAUCCCCACCACUAAACCAAAAAUUGGAUAUUGAAAGGGUAUACCUCCUCUAGUUUAAGCAUUGUGAUUAUUAUAAUUUUGCAAUCAAAUACAACGUUUACACUUGAAUUUAUGUCAAAUCACUAAGUGGUCGAAAUGUUCACAUUAAUCAUGAACAAAUGUUAUGAGGUUUCCAAGUGGUUUUAAGUUCUUUUUAAGGUUUUUUUUAUUUGGUUUUCCUGACUGAAGGCACAUGUUUUACCACAUUGUUUUAUCACAGGUUCAAAGGGAGAAGAUUAACCUGCAGUAGUUUAUCUUUAGUCCCAUUUACAUUAUACGACUCAAAACCUAUUUAACCGGUGUGGUAAUGGGGAAGGAAAUAAUCAGUUCUGUAUCACAUUUGCACAUCAUUCUCCUCCUCCUCCUCCUCCCCCUCCUCUUUGAAUGCUCUUUUAAAGCUAACGCCGUCAUUUUCAGCGUGACAAAAUAUUGUACUGUAUUUGUUUUUAUGAAAUUUUUAUGACAGAUUUAUUUCUUCUUUUUUUUUCCUUUUAUCGAAUGAGUCCGAAUUGUUGAAACUCAGGAUUACUUGUGGAUCUUACAUGGAUUGUUAGAAUAUUUAUUUUUGAAUGAUGCCACUUGCGAAUUAAAAGCAGACUGAGCCGAA